UUUGUUAAAAUUAAAUGUUAAUAUAAUUUUUUUUCCCCCUGCAGUGGCAUACUGCUGCGGCCUCUGCGUUCUGUCCGUCUCCUGGGCGCUGGUGCUGUACAGCAGAGCGUGCUGUCUCAUACGACCCGGCCACUUGGCCUUGCCUCCUGCAGCCUUGCUGUGCCAGCUGGUGUGGAGAGCGGGCAUGCUGGGUGCCAGGGUGACCUGCCUCAUGUUCUUUGCGAGAGUCUUCCACUGGUGGGUCUGCGGAGUUGCAGGUUUUCACUGGCUUACCGCCUCCUUCUGGCUGGUGUCACAGCAACCAGAUAUCUGCACCGGUCCCUGGUGUUGGCGCGCCUUCAAUGGCGUCCUGGGACUUGUCCACGUCUUCCUCUUCCUCAAUGUCAAAGAUGGACCUUCACGCUACCGCAUGGCCAGCUUUUACGCUUUCAUGUUAGUGGAGAACGCCACUUUGCUGCUGGCCGCCUCUGACUUCCUAAGCGAAGCAUCAUGGGACAGUAUGACUCUUCCCACCUCUGUGCUGUGCAGCUUUCUUCUUGGUGAGUCAUUCUAUCCGCAGUGUUUUUAUUAG